AACCUUUCAAAUAUAUAGAGAUCUUUACUUAAAACCCUAGAACCCUCUAUUCUAUAUAUCAGUCCCUCUCUCUCUUCCAUUUCCCUUCAGCCGCUCUUGCUCUCCAACCAUGAAGUUCAAUAUUGCUGACCCUACUACAGGGUGCCAGAAGAAGGUCGAGAUCGAUGAUGACCAGAAACUCCGUGUUUUCUAUGACAAGAGGAUUUCACAAGAAGUCAAUGGAGAUGCCCUUGGAGAUGAGUUCAAAGGGUACGUGUUCAAGAUCAAGGGAGGCUGUGACAAGCAAGGUUUCCCCAUGAAGCAGGGUGUGUUGACUUCUGGAAGAGUUCGCCUAUUGCUCCAGAGAGGAACACCUUGCUUCCGUGGUCACGGAAGACGUAAUGGAGAGCGUCGUAGAAAAUCUGUCCGUGGGUGCAUUGUGAGCCAGGACUUGUCUGUGUUGAACUUGGUUAUUGUUAAGAAGGGUGAGAAUGAUCUCCCCGGUCUUACUGACACUGAAAAGCCUAGGAUGAGGGGUCCCAAGAGGGCAUCCAAGAUCCGAAAGCUCUUCAACCUUUCCAAGGAGGAUGAUGUCCGCAAGUAUGUCAACACAUACCGUAGGGAAUUCACUACCAAAAAUGGCAAGAAGGUGAGCAAGGCUCCUAAGAUUCAGCGUCUUGUUACUCCAUUGACCCUCCAAAGGAAGCGCCGAAGAAUUGCUUUGAAGAAGAAGAGGAUUGCCAAGUCCAAGUCUGAUGCUGCUGAGUACCAAAAGCUCCUUGCUUCCAGGUUGAAGGAGCAGAGGGAGAGGAGAAGUGAAAGUUUGGCAAAGAGGAGGUCUAAGCUCUCUGCCGUUACCAAGCGACCAUCUGAGGCUGCAUAGUUUGAUGCUUUCUCGUUUUGAUUGAAUCAUUGAUGUUGUCUUGAAGUAGUAUUGUCAUGAGAUAAUUUAAUAUGUUUCUCAAAAUUUUGAGUUAGAGACCUGAGUAAUAUCUAGUUUCAUCUUUUUGAAUCAGGAGAGUAACAUUCUUGUGGAUGCUUGUUUUUUUUUUGUUUCAAAGUUGCUCAAAUGCUUUGGGUUAUUAUUACAUGUUUUCUUAGAAGUAUAUUACCUGUGUUUUUAUUACACCAGGCAUUAUCUUUUCAACCAAGUUUGCCUGUGAA